AUGAGUUCAGUGAAUGAUUCUGGGUUGAUGGAACGGGCUGUCGCAGAGGAGGAGAAGGAGAUUUGCGCAUUAACGAAGCGUCGCCAUGCACUAACCAAAACCGAGCUGAAGGCCUUGCGUGAGGCGACGGUAGAGCAGAUUGCGGAGAGUGACAAGGAUGUGGAGCGUGGCGUUGCUCUCUUUUUUGCCAACCGGGUGAAGGACGCGGAGGAUCUCUUUGGGAGGAAUGCGGCGUUUGAUCCGUUUCAUGCGCUCUGUGCGUCUACGAUCUGUACGAUAAAGGCGAUGCUGUCGCUGGCAAAGAACGACAUGGAAACUGCUGCGGAGAGACUGGCGUACACGGUGGCAUUUGCGGAGGAGCUGGUUCCCGCGGAGAGCGGUUUUUUUGGCAAAUUGGCGAAUACGUUGCGAAGGAGCAGUCCGAAAAAGAGGCUCUUGCCUGGGGAGUUCCGCGCCAAGGCCAUCCUUGCUGACGCCUUUGUCUUUCGAGGCUUUAUUCUGUUGUUGCAGCAUAACUCCCUCUCUGGUAUUGUAAGGGGUGGCAUUGCGCUUAAUAAAAGCUAUAAUUUGUUCAAGUCCUUGGCAAUCGAGUUGGAUGAGCGGAGGGGCGAGAAGAAAUCCACUUCGUACGAUGACAUUGGGCUGGAUAAAAACAGUGUCUACAAUGCGCUGACGGGCCGUGGUUGCAUUAACGUUGUUAUAUCCAUGCUUCCACCUCGUGUGUUGCGCAUUCUCAACUUUUUGGGAUUCACGUACGACCGAGACCUUGGAAUGGAUCUCGUGUUCCAGUGUUGGCGAAGCCAAACUUUGGUUUCGCCUUUUGCGGGCCUUUUUGUUAUGGCGGUCAACAGCUUCGUCCCGGGAUUUUGCUCACUGACAACUCCACUGUUGCUGCCAGUUGCAAAAGAAACGGCACAUGAGGCAAUUCAACAAGAAACCACCGCCAACUCGCUGACGCACCUGUGGCUGAUGGGUCGCAUUAGUCGUCUUGAUUUUGACAUGGAUAAAAGCAUUGCGCUUCUCGCCAAGUGUUUUGAGGUGGCCGAUAAAGGACAGAUUGCGACCUCCAUGCCGCAGUUACGGGAUUUUGCUGUAUACGAUCAGACAUGGAACUACGCCGCCACAUUACGUUGGGAAGACUGCAUUAAAAACCAUGCCUACCUAGAGGAAAACUCGGCCUGGUCAAAGGUCUUCUACGCAUAUGCACAAGGAUGCGCCUACGAGAUGCUCUUAAUCGACGCCGGAGACAUAAGUGAAUCUGACGCGCUUCAUUACAGGGAAAAGGCAACAGCAGCCUACUGGCGUGCCGCACACUACAAGGUGAGGGUAAUGGGCGGUAGGACUGUCACGAUUGAAUUCUUUGUUGCACAUAGGCUGCAUGAUAUAUUCCGCCAGGCCGGUGUGCCACAUCCUAAUCCAGGGAAUAAAACAAAAAUUGUUCCAUCGGCAUCUUAUCCACCAAACGACGUUGUGCUGCGAAAUGUUGUGCCGUUGCCCAUGCUGGAGUUACUUGUCCUCUUCGACAUUAUGCAUCAGCUGCUGCCCUCCUAUCUGGAGACGUUUCUUAGGUUGAUCGAUGAUACGUUGGGAUCCAAAAAACCCAGUCUCGCUCCAACGCCGAGAAGCGACGUGGAGCGUUUGGGCAGCACCAAAAGCCUCUCCACAACUAGCGGAUUCACGGAGAGAAAACGCGGCGUCGUACUGUUGGCCAUGAAGGUGGUAAUCCUCUGCCACAUCCCUGGAAGGGAAGAGAGCGCCCUCAGUCUUCUUAAAAAAUGCAUACUGGAGGCCCGCCAAUACAAGGGACGGGGUUGCACGCUGUCGUGGAUUACACCUUGGAUGUUCUACGAGGAAGCCUGUUUGGCGUUUCAUCGGGGAGACUUAAAAAGAAGUGCAGAGCUUCUGGAUAAAGUUGAAGACGUCAACGACGAGCAGGUAUUUCGUGCCAUCAUGGAAACGAAGUUGCACUUUGCGAAAUGGGCCCUACGGGACACAAAACGCAAACAAAAACAGUUACAACAUGAAUAA